AUUCACAGUCAUUUAUUAAAUCAACUUUAUUAAAUUUCCAAGACGGACGUGAACCAUUUUCUUAACCAAAAUUUAUACUUUCAAUUUUAGAAUUAAAAUAUUAAUUCAUAAUUAAAAUCCGAAUAUUUAAUUACUUUAUUUUAAUAUUUAUUUAAUUUUCCACAUUUUUUUAUCAACUUUAUUUAUUUACUCAACCUUUUCCACCAAAACCCUAAAUUCACAAAUCACUUAUCAGAUUUUCUUAACCAAAGUUUGUAUUUUUUUUCUUUGUAAUUGUACAAUUUUUUCCGAAAAUUCCGUGGUAAUUUCAAAAUUUUUUGUGUUCAUUACAAUGGUGCAGAUUUGAGCUGCGAUUUUCUCGGUGACGAAGUUCAACUGUUGAAAUUUCAUUUCUAGGUUUUUAUCUUCUACAGUUUCAUACAAAAAUUACUCUUUUUUUUUAAGUUUAAUCUUUGAUUGUAAAAUUUUCUGCACUCAAAUCUGUUUUUUUGAAUUUACUUUUGACCCUUUUGAAAAAUUUCAUAUUUUUCUGAUUUUUUUGUCUGUAAUUAAGAUAUGAAAACGUUUGAAUCUUCAAUGGGUAGGGUUUAAGUCAAAUUUAGAAGUUUUGGGGUGUUUUUAUUUUCUGUGAUUUGCAUAAAAAUGGAAGAAAGAGAGAAUUUUGGUGCUGUGAAUGCAGUAGUUGGUAACGAGGUUCCAGUGAGUUUCCAAGCAGCUCCAAGGAUUGAAAACAACUUAGAUUUUUCCAUGGCAACGGUGCCAUCACCGGUGACGGUGCCGGCGUUGAAAAAGAAGAGGGGGAGACCAAGGAAGUAUGGACCAGAUGGUAAGCCUGCAGCAGGGGCUAUAACAGCGCUUUCGCCUAUGCCGAUUUCAUCGUCGAUUCCGUUGACUGGAGAGUUCUCUGCUUGGAAAAGGGGUAGAGGGAAGCCUGUUGAAUCUAUCAAGAAAUCAUCUUUUAAGUUUGAUUUUGAAAGUCCACCUGGACAAGGUGUAGGUGUUAAUGAGGGAAUUGCAUACUCAGUAGGUUCCAACUUCACGGCUUAUGUGCUUACAGUGAAUUCUGGCGAGGAUGUUACUAUGAAAAUUAUGUCCUCCCAACAAGGAUCACGUGCUAUAUGCAUUCUCUCUGCAACUGGAACAAUUUCAAAUGUUACACUUCGUCAAUCGACUUCUUCAGGGGGUACUUUAACAUACGAGGGACGGUUUGAGAUUCUUUCCUUGUCUGGUUCCUUUAUGCCAACCGAUAAUGGAAUUACAAGAAGCAGAUCUGGUGGGAUGAGCGUCUCUUUGGCAGGUCCAGAUGGUCGAGUAUUGGGCGGUGGACUCGCUGGUUUGCUUAUAGCUUCUGGUCCUGUGCAGGUUGUUGUAGGAAGUUUUCUUCCUACUAACCAUCUAGAGCACAAGAGCAAGAAGCCAAGGGUGGAACAUAAUAUAUCAACUAUUACACAUAAUAAUCCUCCUCCGCACCUUAAUCAUCAUAUGGCAAACGAAGUAAGUUUUGGCGGAGUGAAACCUAUUAUGACACCUGGUGCAUUUCAAGAAGAGAAUAUCGUUUCUUUCAACAACAAUGUUCAAGAUUCUAGGAACAACUCAUCUGCGGACGACAGAGAUCCUUUACCUGAAAAGGACUCUAACAAUAGCCAAUCAAAUGCUUGACUCAAAUCAACCUCAUAUUUUACUGAUGCUGUCAAAAUUAACUUACCACGACAGAAUCGUGGUAUGUCAUGUGUCAAAAGUUGCAAUCAUCUUUAGUGUUAGAUGUUAAUCGGUUUGUUAGUUUUCCACGCGGUUGUUUUGUUCAUCUCUAGCAUUGUUUUUACUCAUUAUUGUAGAAGUUAGAUGUAGGAUACUUGUUGUGCCAUUAUUUGUGUCCUUGUUAAGAAUUCUAAUAUAUAUGGUUGCUAUAAUUAAGUGUGAGUGAAUGUGAUGUGAAAUGUAACUUUAAACAAAUUAUUCUGUUGUUAAAGAAAGAAUUUGCAUAUCAGUUUCUUAGUUUUA